CUGAUUUAGAGGCGCACACUUCGUGGCAGUCGCGGAUGACAGACGUGUACUUUGUGCACAGAUUUCGCAUUGUGUUUUACUGUUCUUUAAAAAAAACGAAACAUUAUUGUGUGAUGGCGACGAUGGAGGAGCUGAAGCUGCGGGUUCGAGAGCUGGAAAACGAGCUCAUUAAGUGCAAACAGAAGCGGUGCGCCGGGGACGAUCAUGCUCACAAGCUCAGACCCAAAAUCCAACAAAUGAGCGCAGAAGUGGUGGAUUCGAACCCGUACAGUCGUCUGAUGGCUUUGAAGAGGAUGGGCAUCGUGGAUGAUUAUGAGAAAAUCCGCACCUUUACGGUGGCUGUGGUGGGUGUUGGUGGCGUGGGCAGCGUGACGGCUGAAAUGCUCACAAGAUGUGGCAUUGGUAAGUUGCUCCUCUUUGACUAUGAUAAAGUCGAACUGGCCAACAUGAACAGAUUGUUCUUCCAGCCUCAUCAGGCGGGCCUCAGUAAAGUGGAAGCAGCAGAGCACACGCUCAGAAGCAUUAAUCCUGAUGUGUCCUUUGAGACCCAUAACUACAACAUAACCACGGUGGCAAAUUUCACACACUUCAUGGACCGUAUCAGUCAUGGAGGGUUGGAAGAUGGGAAGCCAGUGGAUUUGGUCCUGAGCUGUGUGGACAAUUUUGAGGCCAGAAUGGCCAUCAAUGCAGCUUGUAAUGAACUAGGUCAGAUCUGGAUGGAGUCUGGUGUCAGUGAGAAUGCUGUUUCAGGACACAUCCAGCUAAUCGUUCCUGGAGAGACGGCUUGCUUUGCAUGCGCUCCUCCCCUGGUGGUUGCAGCUAACAUUGAUGAGAAGACCCUAAAAAGGGAGGGUGUAUGUGCUGCUAGCUUGCCAACAACAAUGGGCGUGGUCGCUGGCCUCCUGGUGCAAAAUGUACUCAAGUUUCUGUUAAACUUUGGAACAGUCAGCUAUUAUCUAGGCUACAAUGCUAUGCAGGACUUCUUCCCAACCAUGAGGAUGAAGGCCAACCCCCAGUGCCACGACCACCACUGCAGGAGACAGCAGGACGAGUACAAGAAGAAGGAAGUAGAACGACCAAAGGUGGAAGUUGUGGAAGUAGAGGAGGAAGUUGUACAUGAGGACAACGAGUGGGGUAUUGAACUGGUGUCUGAGAUGACCGAGGCAGAGUUACAGGCUGCGUCAGGACCCCUCCCUGAACUCCCAGAAGGCAUCACUGUGGCUUACACCAUUCCAGCUGUGCAAACAUCUAAUGAGGAGACUGUGGAAGACACUGAACAGAGCUUAGAAGAACUGAUGGCUCAGAUGAGGAAGUUAUAAGCAGCAAAGUGUUGUCUUUACAAAUUAUAUUUUAUCAUGUUCUCUCAGCAGCAUAUCAUCAAUCUCUAUACAUGAGCAAAUGCAUAAAUUGGCUAUGCAUUAUACACUGUCUGGUUAAAAUGUUUCUUUGAAAGAUGUGUUAAAACCGUAACAUGAAAUGUGCAACUGCUAAAGGGUACUGCAUGGUAACUACUGCUGACGGCAUAACCUUACUAAACCUUUGUUUUUUAACAAAGGCUCAUAGAUGAAAUGUUGCCAGUGUGUCACAAUAUGUUAUUGAUGCACCAGAAAAAUAGGGAGCACUGGUCCACAUAAACACAAAAUAAUGUCUGUGCAUUAACAUCUGUAACCAUAUGUAUCAUUUACAAUUUUGAUUUGAGAAUGUGGUGCAUAAAUGUUCAUUUUUCUGCUCUGUUAUUACCGUAAAGCUUCACAAAAACAGCCACUGCAACAGUAAUUAUAAAUUUCAUCUCAAUAAAGUAUUUAUUAAUGCAAA